AUGCAUAUCGGCAAUGCAAUCCUGAUCCUGGUGAGAGUAGGGGGAAGACUGGAUAAUUCCGAUCUGCCAUACAGCGCUAAGCAUCCAGCCAUUUUGCCAAAACAGCAUCGCUUUACACGGCUAUACGUCGAGUUCCUUCACCGUUCCAACCUACAUGCAGGACCGAAAGUCUUGCUUUCCUUACUUCGCGAAAACGUUUGGGUCAUCAACGGCAGAGCGUUAGUGCGUCAAGUGGUACGGGAAUGCACUCACUGCUUCCACUACAAGCCUCGCCUUAUGUCCCAGAUCAUGGGAAAUCUCCCUCCAGAUCGACUUGUCGGCGAACGAGCGUUCCUGGUGUCAGGCGUCGAUUUUUGCGGUCCCUUCCUGACCUCAUACAAAAUUCGAAGCAAGUCCCCGUACAAAACUUACGCUUCAAUAUUUGUGUGCUUUGCAACGAAGGCUACCCACAUCGAACUAGUUUCCGAGCUUACAACUAAUGCUUUCUUAUCCUGCAUUCGAAGGUUUAUUGCCCGGCGUGGGUUACCGCAACGCAUCUACUGCGAUAACGCAAAAAACUUCGUGGGAGCUGCCAACAAAAUGAAGGAGUUCCAAACUGCAUUACUGGAGCCUGAAUCCAUCAGUCUUCUAGAGUCAUACAGCGCUCGCAAGGGAUUCUCAUUCUGUUUCAUCCCUCCCAGAGCCCCACAUUUCGGCGGCCUCUGGGAGGCGGCUGUCAAAUCAGCUAAAACGCUCCUGAUGAAAAACAUCGCAGAAGCAAACUUUACAUACGAAGAGCUCCUGACCGUCCUCGCAGAAGUCGAAGCCAUAUUGAAUUCACGCCCCAUUGCGCCAGUAUCGGACGACCCAAAUGAUGGAGCUGCAUUGUCGCCGGCCCAUUUCCUAAUUGGGUCAGCUUUAUUAUCUGCACCAGAUGAAUCUCUCUAUAACCCAACAGAGGAGGACGACGACUCCAAGUUGCGCUAUCUAACCAGAUGGCAACGCGUGACAUUCAUCAAUCAACACUUUUGGCGCAGGUGGCGAAGGGACUACAUCCAUUCUCUUCAAGUUCGCGGCAAGUGGACCAAGCCGCAAGCCAACAUCCAGGUCGGUCAACUCGUCAUCGUGCACGAGGACAACCUUCCUCCUCGAUGCUGGAACCUAGCAAGAGUCACUGGAGUUACUUACGGACGAGACCACCGAGUACGAGUCGUGGAUCUGCAUACCGCUAAAGGCCCCCUGCGUAGGGCAAUUCAUAAAUUAGCUCCUCUUCCUUUUGAUUGUAAUUGA